AGUGCGCCAUUAAUUAUGACGUCACGACCCAACGGCCGCCCUACGCGAGGACGCUCUAGCACGCCAGGCGCACUCGCUGCCCCGCGAUCGGCCGCUCUAGCCCGCCGCUGGGAUCUGAGCUCUUGUCGCUUUCCGCCUGCGUCCCGCCCGCCGCACAAGGUUCCCCACAGGCUGAGGUUCCCGACCUCUAGCCCUGCAGACUCAGCUGUCGGAGGACCCGGUGGGAGGUGGACUCAGCUUUCAUCUGCCAUGGAGCUGGCCAGCCCCGUCUCCAACUUUCAGUCAGACUUAGAUUUCUGCCCAGAUUGCGGCUCGGUCCUGCCGCUGCCUGGAACUCAGGAUACUGUCAUCUGCCCUCGCUGUGGCUUCUCCAUAGACGUGCGAGAUUUCGAAGGGAAAGUUGUGAAGACCUCAGUUGUGUUCCACAAACUGGGGGCGGCUAUACCUACGUCUGUGGAUGAAGGACCUGAAUCCCAGGGACCAGUGGUUGACAGGCGAUGUCCUCGAUGUGGUCACGAGGGAAUGGCAUACCACACGAGACAGAUGCGUUCAGCUGAUGAAGGGCAGACUGUCUUCUAUACCUGUAUUAACUGCAAGUUUCAGGAAAAGGAAGAUUCUUGACCUUUUUUCCCUCCCUGGCAACUCGGCAACAAUACUAUUCCUUUUGGAAGGUGAAGAUAUUGGUCCUUUGAUGCCUUCUCCUUCCACUCUGGACACUUUGUUCCCCUCUGGUGCUUUGCUUUGUUUUCAGGAUAAGGUAUCACCCCCAGAGCACUCCUUCCCCUAGUUGAAUUUACUAAAGUUACAUUUUAUAAGAAACCUUGGCAUUGUGUGUUAUUUGUAAUCUUAUUCUGGCCAGGCUGGUGGCUUAAGCACCAUGAUCCCAGAACUUCACCGGAGGAGGCAAGAAGGUUUCAAGCUUGAGGAAAGGGAACUAUAUAAUGAAUUCAAAGCCAGCCAAAGCUACUAACAAGAUGCCUAAAAACCAAAAAUAACAAUAAU